UUUGCUAUUUCUUCUUCAACUACUCUUUCUUCCUGAGUUCUCCUCUCUCUCUCUCUCUCUCUCUCUCUCUCUAUUUUAGAAUGCCCGCUUGGUGGGGAAGAAAGUCCAGCAAGAAUAAGGAGGAGCAGCGGCAACAGCAGCUUCCGCAGCCUGAAUCACAUGGCGGAAUUCAGUUUAAUUUCAUCAAAUCACCGAUCAGGAAUGGUGCCAAGAAAGGAAGAGACAAACCUAAGAGCUUUGACGAGGUCUCAACCGCCAUGCUCUCUCGGAGUUCACCCAGAGCCAGCAGGGAUUUUACUCCCUCCGCUGCUGCUCCCGUUGGUGGAUCGUCCUCGGGAUUUUCGUGUUUAGAUUCUGAUGGUGGCGAGAAGAUAGGCCUCCCCUUGCCUCGACCAUCGGUUUCGUCCCCGCAGAGCUUGGGGAACGAUCAAGGAGAUGGAGAUGGUUUGGGAUCUGCUUCGAUCUCUGGUUCAAGCGUGAGUUCUUCUGGGUCCUACGAUCACCAUCCCAUCUCUCAAUUUGAUGUCAUCAGGGGACGAGGUGAUAUGAAGAUUAAUAUGAGGUCAAAAAGCCCUGGUCCUGGGUCUAGAGGGCCCACCAGCCCGACUUCGCCCCUCCAUCCAAGAUUGCAUGUUCUAAGUAUUGACUCUCCUACAGGCAAGCAAGAUGAUGGAAGGAGUGAAUGUCAUCCAUUGCCUCUACCACCAGGUUCACCGACUAGCCCUUCUGCUCUCUCCAAUGCAAGAAUAAAUAGUCUUCUAGAAAACACUACCAACAAUCUGUCCAAGUGGAAGAAAGGAAAGCUUUUAGGACGAGGAACAUUUGGUCAUGUUUACCUGGGAUUUAAUAGUGAAAGCGGACAAAUGUGUGCAAUAAAAGAAGUCAGAGUUUUCUCUGAUGAUCAAACAUCGAAAGAGUGCCUCAAACAGCUUAACCAGGAGAUAAAUCUUCUCAGUUCGCUUUCGCAUCCAAAUAUUGUUGAAUACUAUGGGAGUGAACUGGGAGAGGACACACUUUCUGUUUAUUUAGAAUAUGUCUCUGGUGGUUCCAUCCAUAAACUACUUCAGGAAUAUGGCCCAUUUAAAGAACCUGUUAUUCAGAAUUAUGUUAGGCAAAUUGUCUCCGGACUUGCCUAUCUGCAUGGAAGAAACACAGUGCACCGGGACAUCAAAGGGGCUAAUAUACUAGUUGAUCCUAAUGGUGAAAUUAAGUUGGCGGACUUUGGAAUGGCUAAACAUAUAAAUUCUUCUACCUCCAUGCUCUCUUUCAAGGGAAGUCCAUAUUGGAUGGCACCGGAGGUUGUUAUGAAUACAAAUGGCUACAAUCUUGCUGUGGAUAUAUGGAGCUUGGGAUGCACAAUUCUGGAAAUGGCGACAUCAAAACCUCCAUGGAGUCAGUAUGAAGGGGUGGCUGCUAUUUUUAAAAUUGGAAACAGCAAAGAUAUGCCUGACAUCCCGGAGCAUCUUUCAAAUGAUGCCAAGUCUUUCAUACAGCUAUGCUUACAAAGAGAUCCUUCAGCUCGCCCAAGUGCUCAAAGGUUGCUUGAGCAUCCCUUUAUUCGUGAUCAAUCUGCGACAAGAGCUGCCAAUGUCAGCUUAACCAGAGAUGCUUUCCCCUACAUGUUUGAUGGAAGCCGGACUCCGCCACAUGCAGAGCUUCAUUCCAGUAGAACAAAUAUGACGUCAGUGGAUGGAGAUUAUGCAACAAAGCCAACUUUUGCAGCUUCACGAGCAUUGAGGAGCCCAAGAGAUAACACAAGAAUGAUUACAUCUUUACCAGUAUCUCCCUGCUCAAGUCCAUUGCGGCAACAUGGAUCAGCAUACAAGAGCUGUAUGCUUUCUCCUCCACAUCCAACUUACACCACGGUGGGACAAAAUACCUACAAUUUCAACGAUCUCUCUUCAUAUCCAGUGAGAUCAAACGCCACCUUCACUUUAGAUCCUUGGAAUGAGAGAUCCCUAUACAACGCCCAUACACCUGGCGGGUCCCCAAGAAGGAGACUCAUUUGAACCGAGUGUAAAUACCUUUAGAACUAAAAUCUUUCUUGGUCUCCCUCCCUUGCAUGCGUGGUGGACUCUGGGUUAACCUCAAUCCGAAGCACAAACUCCCUAUUAAAGAUUCUAAUUGAUUCUUUAAACAUGAGAAGCGGGCUAGGGAAGGAGGCAAUGACCUUGGCCGUUCAAUGCAUAGGGACUGUGGAGACCUUGGCUGCCUGUAGCAAAUACUUGAGUAUUGUAAAUGCAAGGUGCUUAGUGCUAAGUGCCGAUACAGUACACUUUUAUGUUGUAUAUUAGUUCAUGGCAGAAGCGAGAAGGAAAGAAAAAGCAAUUUUUCCAUA